GUGCCGGAAGCUGUCGGGAAAGCAUGAAUGAGUCGAGGAGUUCCGUGGAGGCGAUGUUCCAGUCCAAGCUGGGCGAGUCUGGGCGUUUGGAGCGACGGAGCUGUGUUGACGUGCUUCAGUCCUUGGGCCUGACCUUCCAGGAGGCCAAUACCCUUCUGAAGGAGUACUCAGAAGAUUCGUGGAUUUGUGUGAAGGACUUCUUGGAUGUCCUCUUCGCACCUCCAGAGGUCCAAAAAGCUGAAGAAAGCAUGCAAGAAAGGAACCAGCCAGGGGCAAGCACUGCAUUGGAGGUACACAAAGCCGAAACCAGCGUGAAAGAAGGGAGUGAUGUGAAGAAGCCUUCAACAUCUGAGGCCCAUCUCGGAAAAUAUUUCCAGAAAGACUACAAGAAUGGUGGGGCCUUUAAGAAUGAAGAAUAUGAAUUUGAUCCUGACGAUUGGUGCUGGGUCCACAAAGGCCUCAAGAUCAAGGUAUGGGCAGAUGCUCUUGAUCUGACCCAAGCUGGGGGAGAUGGUGAUGUGGAAUGUUACUUUCACUAUACCACAGAGCUUGGAUUCCGGAACAUCACACACGCGAGCAAAGCCGCUGUGGAAGUGUUCGCUUCUCUCAUCACAAGUGGCGAAAAGGCCAAUGCGUGGUGGGGAAGAGGCGUAUACAGCGUACGGAAGGCACCUGACGAGUGGCCAAGUGUGGAGACCAUCCUGGACAACAACUACCGCAACAUGCUCAAGCGAGAUAUCGAUUUGAAAGGUCGUGAGGCAGCAAUCCAGGACUAUCGUUCGAGGGUGGCAUUUUGCAUUCCAAUCCUUGUCAAUGCAUCCAUAGCCUACGAUGUGUCGGAACGGCCAACACCGGAAAUGGUGGAGCAGGGCAAGCCUGCUGGUGUGAAUCUCGCUGGAAAGCUCCUGAAUGAAGCCGGAAAGCCACUGCGCGAAUGUAUCGUUGUGCGAGCACAAGGAGAAAGCGAUAUUGGAAAUGCCAGAGCAGUGCUGGUGGAGACGCUUCGCUGCCGUGCCGAAGCCGUAGUCACGAGACGUGGCACUACACACUGGUUGGCCCUCCAGUCAUUGAGCCGGCUGGCGUCGGUGCUCGAAAACCGUGGGAACCUGGCAGAGGCCGAGGCGCUGCGGCGCCGCGUCUUGAAGGCCUACGAGGCGAAGUGGGGAGCGAAGCACCGGGAGACCUUGAAGGCGCUGAACAAUCUCGCGGGCGUCUUGGAAGAUCAGGGCAAGUUCGAGGAGGCGGAGCCGCUGUAUCGCAGAGAUUUGGAAGGAAGCGAAACUCAACUUGGAGCCAGGCACCCCGACACUCUGAUCUCGCUCAACAAUCUGGCCAAUCUGCUGCAGGUUCAGGGCAAAUAUGAGGAGGCAGAGCCCCUGUAUCGCAGGGCGCUGGAAGGAUAUGAGGCUCAACUUGGAGCCAAGCACCCCGAAACCCUGACAUCGCUCAACAAUCUGGCGCUUCUGCUGAAGAAGCAGGGCAAGUUCGAGGAGGCUGAGCCCCUUCAGCGCAGAGUUCUGGAAGUAAAGGAGGCUCAACUUGGAGCCAGGCACCCCCGGACCCUCAUCUCUGCCAACAACUUGGGGGUUCUCCUGCUGGAUCGGAGGAAACUCGACGAGUCGGAGGUGUUCUUGCACCGAGCCGUGGAAGGUCGAGAAGCCCAGCUGGGCAGCCAACAUCCCCACACGCUCCGCUCCGUCUACCACUUGGCCCGUCUCAGUGCGGCUCAAGGGCGCUUGGAGGAGGCCCAGUCACACUUCCGCCGGGCGAUGGAAGGGCAAGUGGCCCAGUUGGGAGUUAGACAUCAGGAGACAUUGGACUCGAUCUUUGGUCUGGCAAAGCUCUUGGAGGCGAAAGGCUUCAUGGUGGAGGCGCAGGAGCUCUACCAUCGGCAGUUGGACGCCUUGGAGGCCCGGCGAAGGGGUGACUUAAUGGUGAGUGAUGCGCACUCCAAGCGGGUGGGGUUGAGGAGUUGCACGGCUCAGACCAUCCAAAGACCCGCGAGUGCCGUGAACACCUGGAACACCUGCAGCGUGGAGGCAAAGCGUCAAGAUCCACCAGCUGAGGCGAAACCUGCAUUGACUGUGUCUCCCAACACUUGCAGUUUGGUCCAAGAAGACCGGAGAGAGUACGGGUUUCGGAGAGAGCUUGUGGUUCGGAAUGCGAUGCAUGCCACAGCAUCAGCCGCGCUUCUCGAGUUGCAGUUGCAGCAACGCAGCGAAGUCAUGGGCAGUGGGAGCUCGGCGCAGGCGGCACAAGCCCAGGAGGCCACCGACUUCACUGGGCUUACUGAGGCCGCUGGGGCGGCCGAUGCACUGGCCCGCGGGCCUGGCUUGGCUGGAGCGUCUGGAGGCAGAAUUGCUGGGCGCAGUCUGGAAAGCAUGGCUGAGCUGCGCGGGCAGGUGGAAGCGAUCUUCGAGGCGAGCUGCCGACAUGGCGAGUGCCACGAUGGCGAUGGCGAGACAUGGCUGGAGCGGCAAGGCUGCAUGGAAAUUCUUCAAGACCUUGGUGACAGAUUGCAGGAGGCCCAUGCCCAUCUGCAGGAGUACCCAGAAGACUCACGGAUUCGUGUGAAAGACUUCUUGGAUAUCCUCUUCGCCGCAGAGGUACACAAAGCCGAAACCAGCGUGAAAGAAGGGAGUGAUGUGAAGAAGGCUUCAACAUCUGAGGCCCAUCUCCGAAAUUACUUCCAGAAGGACUACAAGAAUGGUGGGGCUUUUGAUCACGAAGAAUAUGACUUUGAUGUGGGCGAUUGGUGCUGGGUCCACAAAGGCCUCAAGAUCAAGGUAUGGGCAGAUGCUCUUGACCUGACCCAAGCUGGGGGAGAUGGUGAUGUGGAAUGUUACUUUCACUAUACCACAGAGCUCGGAUUCCGGAACAUCACACACGCGAGCAAAGCCGCUGUGGAAGUGUUCGCUUCUCUCAUCACAAGCGGUGAAAAGGCCAAUGCGUGGUGGGGAAAAGGCGUAUACAGCGUACGGAAGGCACCUGACGAGUGGCCAAGUGUGGAGACCAUCCUGGACAACAACUACCGCAACAUGCUCAAGCGAGAUAUCGAUCUGAAAGGUCGUGAGGCAGCAAUCCAGGACUAUCAAUCGAGGGUGGAGUUUUGCAUUCCAAUCCUUGUCAAUGCAUCCAUAGCCUACGAUGUCUCCAAAAGACCUACACCAGAAAUGCUGGAGCAGGGGAAGCCUGCUGGUGUGAACCUCGCUGGAAAGCUCCUGAACGAAGCGGGAAAGCCACCACGCGAAUGUAUCGUUGUGCGAGCACAAGGAGAAAGCGAUAUUGGAAAUGCCAGAGCAGUGCUGGUGGAGACGCUUCGCUGCCGUGCUGAAGCUGCGGUCGCCCGACUUGGCCCUACAGAUGGAUACGCCCUCCAGGCAAUGAGCCGGCUGGCGUUUGUGCUCCGAAAGCGCGGGGACCUGGCGGAGGCCGAGGCGCUACGGCGGCGAAUUCUGGACGCCUACCAGGCGCAGUGGGGUGCAGAGCACCGACAGACCCUGACGGCGCUGAACAAUCUCGCGGGCGUUUUGGAAGAUCAGGGCAAGUUUGAGGAGGCUGAACCACUUCAUCGCAGAGCGCUGGAAGGAAGAGAGGCUCGACUUGGAGCCAGGCACCCCGAAACCUUCACCUCCGCCAACAACUUGGCGCUUUUGCUGGAGAAGCAGGGCAAGUUCAAGGAGGCGGAGCCCCUUCAGCGCAGAGUUCUGGAAGGAAGGGAGGCACAACUUGGAGCCAGGCACCUCGACACCCUGGUGUCUCUCAAUAAUCUGGCCAGUUUGCUGUGGAGGCAGGGCAAGUUCGAGGAGGCUGAGCCCCUUUACCGAAAGGCGCUGGAAGGAAGGGAGGCCCAGCUUGGAGCCAGGCACCCCGACACGCUGAGUUCACUCAACAAUCUGGCCGCUUUGUUGUUUGCCCAGGGCAAGCUUGAGGAGGCGGAGCCCCUCUUCCGCAGACAAUUGGAAGGAAUCGAAGCUCAGCUUGGAGCUAGUCAUCCCAACACCCUUACCUUCGCCAACAACUUGGGGGUUCUCCUGCUGGAUCGGAGGAAACUCGACGAGUCAGAGGUGUUCUUGCACCGAGCAGUGGAAGGGCGAGAAGCCCAGCUGGGCAGCCAACAUCCCCACACGCUCCGCUCCGUCUACCACUUGGCCCGUCUCAGUGCGGCUCAAGGGCGCUUGGAGGAAGCCCAGUCGCACUUCCGCCGGGCGAUGGAAGGGCAAGUGGCCCAGUUGGGAGUUAGACAUCAGGAGACAUUGGACUCGAUCUCUGGUCUGGCAAAGCUCUUGGAGGCAAAAGGCUCGAUGGAGGAGGCACACGAGCUCUACCAACGGCAGCUGGACGCCUUGGAGGAAUUGCACGGCUCAGACCAUCCCAAGACACGCGCGUGCCGUGAACACCUGGAACACCUUCAGCGUGGAGACAAGCGUCAAGAAGAUCCACCAGCUGAGGCCAUGAUGCCACCGGAUUCCGCUGAUCAGUGA